GAGGCUGCGGCCCAAAUAGAAAACAGUCAACAUUCAACAAUGGAAGCUCAACAGGGACACACAGUGACAGAGAAACGACGGGUUAAAAUGAUCAACGACGGGUUAAAAUGAUCAACACGAUAUCCAAUCAAUGAACGACUUGAUCUUGGUUCUUCCAGAGGUGCAACAAAUGUCUUAAGCAGAGAAGUUUAUUCUUUGAAUUUUAGCCCCCGGAGAAAUUGACUUGAGGAUGUGAAGGUAGACCUCUGCAACUCCCUGAUAUAUUUGCGGAUAUAAGAUGAUUGAAAUUGGAUGUUGGUCUUUUUUAUGGCUGAAGUGAUGAAAUUGAUUGGGCUUUUGUUGGUGUUUCUCUCACUACUUUCUCUCUCUACUGCUCAAUCUCCAAAAAUAAUUAGCAACACAACAACAUGCCCCAUUGAUCUCAGCUAUGUCCUUAGACUCCCCUUCAACUCCUCAUCAUGCAAAAACUUCCAAGCCCCUCCUAAAACCCCCCAAAUGGACACCACCCAGAUCCCAUGUUGUCAAACCCUAUUGUCUCUCUUUGGAAUAGGCACUGCUCAACACCUCAACGCCACCACUUUUUUCCAACUCCCCAACAUAGCAGCCUCAAAUUCUUGCCUCCAGAACUUCCAGUCCAAGCUUACCUCUCUAGCACUCCCUCCUAAUCUUGUCUCUUAUUGUUUUGACCCUUCACAAUUUGUAACUAGCCCCAAUUUAUGUGCCCAAAUUGAGUCUUCCCAAGAUUGGGUCUCCAAGCUUAAUCAGACCACUGUACUUGACUUUGCAUGCAAGCCAGACCUCACUGAUCUCUCAUCCUGUGAUGCUUGCGUAGCGGCUGGCUUUAAAAUUCAGCAACAAUUAAUCGCCAUUGAUGGUAACAGUUCUCACUCUGGAGAUUGUUGGUACUUUACAAUUCUUUAUGCUGCUGGUAUGAUCAACAGCUUUGGUCCUGAAAGUCAGGGCGCCAUGUCUUGUAUUUUUAGUUUAUCUUUGGAUGUCGCUCUUGUGGGUUUGCGCAAAAAGAGCUAUACCGCUCUUGUAACUGCAGUAGUCUCAGCAACAGGAGGGUUGCUUACAGUAUUAUUUUUAUACUUCUUAUGGAAGAAAUCUUUGGGAAAGAAAAGGGCAUAUAGUGAGAAUAUUAGGAAUGUUAGUGCUGGAGGUGGGAAGAAUGAUAUAGAACUACCGGUCUUAAGUUUAAGGAGUAUAUUAGCUGCUACAAACAACUUCUCUGAAGCUAAUAAACUUGGAGAGGGAGGGUUUGGCCCUGUUUAUAAGGGCAUCUUAAAUGAGAAUCUAGAGGUAGCCAUAAAAAGACUGUCAAAGAAGUCAGGGCAAGGAUAUCAAGAGUUCAUGAAUGAGUUAAAACUUAUAGCAAAGCUCCAACACAACAAUCUUGUUAGGCUCUUGGGUUGCUGUAUUGAAAAGGAAGAAAUGAUAUUAAUCUACGAGUACAUGCCUAAUCGAAGUUUGGACAAAUUUUUGUUUGAUCCAAGGGAAAACACGAAGUUGGAUUGGGGUAAACGCUUUCAUAUUAUAGAAGGUAUAGCUCAAGGAGUACUUUAUAUCCACAAACACUCCAGAUUGAAAAUCAUUCACAGGGAUCUAAAAGCAAGUAAUGUUCUGUUGGAUGAAGCAAUGAACCCCAAAAUUUCAGAUUUUGGAAUGGCAAAGAUUUUCGAGAUAAAUCAGACUGAAGCAAAUACCAACAGGGUUGUUGGGACAUACGGUUACAUGUCACCUGAGUAUGCACGCUAUGGCCAUUUUUCUGAGAAAUUGGAUGUAUUCAGUUUUGGAGUGUUGUUGCUGGAGAUUGUAAGUGGAAGGAGGAAUUUCGCUUUCUAUCAUCUUGAACACCCACUAACUCUUGCUGGAUGGGUAUGGAAAUUAUGGAAUGAAGGUAGAGGAUUGGAGGUGAUUGAUGCAUCAGUGAGAGAAACAUGUCUGCCUCAUGAAGCUUUAAGGUGUAUCCAUGUAGCAUUAUUGUGUGUUCAAGAAGAUCCAGUUGAUCGACCAACAAUGUCUUCUGUAGUUCACAUGUUGGCUAAUGAAGCUACAUCACUUCCACUAUUCAAAGAGCCUGCAUUUUCAACACAUAGUAAUUAUAAAGCUAUUUGCUCUUCUUCUCCAUCAUCUAGCAUUUUCUCGAACAAUCUGGUAACCAUUAGCGUCCCUGAAGGUCGAUAGAGGUUCGAUGCCUAUCUGUUAGAGAGUGUUUACAAAUUACACUUUGAGCCUCAUAAUUUUAUGUCCAGAUGUCUUCACCUUGGAAUGCACUUGUGUUCCUUUUGUUCCCUUGGACAUAAAAUCAUGCAGCCUUUCUAUUUCAAUGAACUGCAUAUUCCUAAGGGAACAAAUUAAAAUAGAAAGGCUAGCUGGAGAUUUCCCUUGCCAAGUGUAUGAAAUUGUCAAUGCAAGAGAAGCGCUGAUGGAUUUAUUUGUUAAAACUCUUAGGGUAGAAGGUAGCUAGAGUGGGUUGAUGAUCUCUAAGCGAACAAAUUUCUUGGCAUUUUGGCUAGAGGGAAAGAUUUGAUGUUCCCAACACCCUAAUGUUUCUUGUUUCAUUGGAUGAAUUAUUUAUGGGAUGAAUUACACUUGUUUUAUGUGACUUCCACCAGAUCCAAAUCAUGUCAUUUUCUACCUUUGUAUUCUGCUGCUAGGCCUGUUUGUUUUCUGGUCUGGCCUGUUUGUGCCUUUACGGGCUUCAUCCAAAAAAAUUGGAGAGCUUUUUUUUUGUUGGGUGUUUGAUAAAAUGAUUUGACACGAGUGAUGCUACAGACUCCAAGUAAUAUUAUAAAACUUCAAUACCAAAUCACGUGGCCAUCUAAUAUAAAUAUCUUUUGAUUAGAAAAUGGGUGAGGUGGAUUUUUAUAUUGUGUCAAUUAUGUUGUUCGGAUAACCAAACAAAGCGAAAAAGAAAUGGGUUCUAGAGAGAGAGAGUCCCCCCCCUCUUCUCACUAGAAAUCUUUUCCUUACAACUGUCGUCGUGUGAACGCAUGAGACAGGAGAGACUAGGGAGUAUCAAAAUUUUAUCUUAUCUCUGUGAAACUCUGACCAACGAAAAAUAGAAAAACUUCACUCCCUCUCGAUUCCUCUCUCUCUCUCUCUCUCUCUUCUUUUCUUUCCUCUCCCUCCAUUGCCAUAACCCUUCCAUCAUCCGUAUCACCAUGGCUGUGGAAUCCACCAUCAGCGUCUUCGCUGUCCACUUAAUCGCCACGCGCCAUCGCCUGGACAAUCGACCACCUCCAUGCCGUCAUUAUCAUGUUCCUGCAGCUGAAAUUCCGCAUCUAACAUUUAGACCAGAACCUCGUGAAGGGCAAAUUCUUAUUCAUGCAAUCCUGCUUGCUCAGUAGUUCUUAACUUCUUAUUCUCUAGUGUGUGAUAUUAGGUUUCAUUGGAAUUGUUGCAGGUGUUAUCGAACAUGGUGAUGAUAACAAUUGCACAAGUGGUAAUGAUAACAACAGCACAAGUAUUGCUAUUGUGACAAAGGCUUCUCUCAUGGAAUGUAAUUUGGACUCGAGGUUCUUAGGUCCUCCAACUGAAAACAUGACUGUUGCAAAUACCAUUGGCGACGCCACCAACGGCGUCGGAAGCAUUGCCGUCGCAGAGUCGUCGCCAAUAGUCUUUUGUGACUGCAAAAUAACCUUUGGUGACGGGGACGCGCCGUGCAGGCUAUUGCAAUUUUUUUUUGUAGUGAACCAAGGGACCAACACUCUAUUAGUAUCUAUAGAUAACGAUUUCGAACACACCGUUGUACAAGUUAAAUGAGAAAACUUCUAACCAAUGGACCAACACUUUUUUACUAUAUAUAGAUAAUGAUUUCGACUA